AUGAUUCAUAAAUAUCAGUUAGUUUAUUUUAGAUUUAGAUUAUGUUUUAUAGAUAAUAAUCAAUACACAUUCUAAUCCUUAGCUAAUAAAUAAAUACAUUUAUAUGAGAUGAAUUGUGGUAAUAGAUAAUUUGUAAAGACAAAGGAAAUUCUAAUAUACUCUGGAUCUAAUGAUUCUUGGGGUUUUUUUUCAUAAUAAUACAUAAAAUUGAAAUUUCUGUUAGUGAAUAAAUGGGAAAAUAUCAAUUUAAUAAGUAAGAAAAAAAAGGAGAGUUUAUAAAGGAAUAAAGUAAUUAAUUAAAUCAUCAUAAUCUUUAUGGAUCAUUGA